AUGGCCGCCGCGGAGGGGAAGCGGAGCGACCUGCGCUCCUUCCUGGCCAAGCGCGGCGUUGACACUGCUGAGGUGGAUGACCAGGCUCUCAAGGAGCUGGACAAGAAGUACAUCAUCGCGAGGGACCUCGACGCCGACACGGUGCUCUCCAAGAUCCAGAACGUGGUGGGGCUGAGGCACAAGGAAGACAGCAUCGUCGCCUACAAAGGGUUGUCCUACCAGCUUCCGUCUCGUGGCCUGGAGCAGCAGGAGUACGAGCCCCUGCUCCGGCAGCUCUGCCUGCGCCGCGGCAAGGUCGAUUGUUGCACGGUCGGCGACCCCAAGACCUCGCGCUGGGCCAAGGCCAUCACGGCCAUGCUCUCCGCGGUCCAGAAACUACUCCUCUCUGGCGAGCGCUACACCAGCCACUGGCUGUGCUACGGAGAUAAGCUCUUCGGCAAGAGGCACAAGACCGUGGAUGAUGCCCUGCUUGACAUAUGCUGCCUGCUCGAGUGCACAUGGGAAUCUCUCAAUUUGUAUCACGCGUCUCAGGGCAUGGUCAUUGGGCCAGUGAUAUUCACAAGGGAAGAUGGCGAGGUGAUCCCUUGCAGGUCAUUCGGUUCGGCUGGAGCCUAUAUACAGCCGGAAUUCUCUAAGAUUACUGCCGCACCAGGUGCAGAGGUCAACUUCAUCCUGGUAGUCCAGGGGGCUUCUGUUUUCGACACUUUUGCCAUGGGACGGGGCCAUCUAUUCCUCCGUGAAUUCAGCUGCGUGCUCGUCACAGGCGGCGAUGGGCAACCAGAUAUCAUCACACGGGCUUUCUUGCGCAAACUUAAGGAUCAACUGUCUGUCCCUGUGUACGCGCUCGUCAAUCCGGAUCCGGAGGCCCUUUGCAUCUUCUGUGCAUACAAGUAUGGAUCGCCGGAGGGGCCAUUUGACAACGCGGGUCUUACCGUUCCUGAGAUCAAGUGGAUUGGAGUGCAUUUAGGUGAUGCUCUUGAUCUUGCCAUUGAAGAUGCGCUGCCGCUCACCAAACAAGACAUAUCGAUUCUGGAAGGAUUAUGCGCCAACAAGUAUGUAAUGGGUGAUGACCUAUUCAGGACCAGCAUACAUUUCAUGUUGUACAGGGGGUUGAAAAGCAAGAUCGAAGCUUUGUUCUCUCGUCAGUACCCUCCUAUUGACUACAUCCGCAAAGAAAUUAACAAUCAUGAGGACAUCUAAGUAGUAGCUCCUUGUGUUAACUUUGGUGGAUAGACAUC